UGUGGCUGAUGCAUUUCAUGGCCAUCAUCUACACCCGAUUACACCUCAACAAGAAGGCAACUGACAAACAGCCAUACAGCAAGCUCCCAGGUGUCUCUCUUCUGAAACCACUGAAAGGAGUAGAUCCCAACUUAAUCAACAACUUGGAGACGUUCUUUGAAUUGGAUUAUCCCAAACCCUUAUUUUUCUCAGUAGCACCAAUGACAAAAAGAACAGGGGAAACAGGCACGAUUGCCUUAAUGCAGCACUUAUUAAAUAGGUGGAUAUAA